AUGACGUCAUUUAUGGCGGUGUUUGUUUCUCCAAAUUCACCUCCUCUGCUUCCGCCAUUUUAUCUUUGUUCUUUUCUCUAUACUUCUUCUCUUCCUCUGUCAUAUUUUUCUAUUUUCUCUUUCUUUUUCCCUCUCUUUUUUAUUCAUAAAUUUUUAUCAUCUGCUCUAAUAAACAUUCCUACUUUUUCUCUUUCCUUCUUUCUUUCUUUCUUUCUUUCUUUCUUUCUAUCAUAUUUUAUUCUCUUUCUCUUCCGCCUAAGUCUAAUGUAUCUCGCCAUUUUAUACACUCAUAUCCUCAUUUCUUUUUUUGACCUCACUUUCCUUAUUUUCUUUAUCUCAACUAAUCGUUCUAUUUCUUUUUUUCUAUUUCUUUCUUUCUAUCCAUUUUUUAAUUAUUUUUUCGUCCUAUCCUUGCCUAUUGCUUCUAGCUCGCUAUCUACUUCAUUGUUUAUCAUCUUCCGCUCCCAUGAUCCUUCUUUUUCUGCCUUGCUUUCUUCAUUAUUUCUCUGUUCUCUUUUUUAUAUCGCUUUUUAUUCCCUUUUUCCUCUACGUAGAUCUACUUUCGUUCGCUUCACUCUAUCGUCACAUUUUUGUACCUCGCUUUCUUCAUUUUUCUUACUUUCUUUCUUUUUUUCUUUCUAUCUAUCGCUUUUUAUUCUCUUUUUUCUCUAUCCCGUUCUACUUUCUCUUUAUCGAUUUUUAACCCUUUUCUAUCCUCACCUUUUUCUACCUUGCUUUCUUCUUUAUUAUUUCUCUUUCUUUUUCGUUUCCUUCUUUUUUUUUCUGUCUUUCUUUCUUUUUCUUUCGCUUUCUAUUCUCUUUUUCCUCCAGGUAGAUUUAUUUUCUCUCGCUCGUUUUAUAGACUCUCUCUUCUUUUCACCUUCUUUUUUUAGCCUCGCUUUGUUCUUCAUUAUUUAUCUUUCUUUUUUUUCGAUUGCUUUUUAUUCUCUUUUUCCUCCACUUCGAUCUACUUCCUGA